ACCUGCCCCCUCAGUCCGCGGAUGAGGAGGCGCCGGCGCCGCUCCUGGAUGCCUCGUCGGGAGACUCGGCCGGGAAGGAUGCCAGGCGCGGCUGGGCGCCUCCACUCUCCGCUGCCUCUUCCCUGAGGAGGCGAACAGCUAUCUACUGGUAGACAGCCAGGCAAAAACCUUUGGGGUCUCCACUCAAGUCCCAUGGAUGGCGAGGCGUGCUGUUGUCCGAUCAUCCCUGUUGUCCCCUCCCAGCUACUAUGAGGCGGUACACGAUGGCCGUGGGCCUGCUAGUCCCGAGUACCCUUUCCUUGGCAGCUGGUACCACUAUAUGGGCCAGGAACCUCUCACCUACAAGCGGCGUGGAGGCGUGGUGGAUCAUCGUGAUAUCAUCAUGGCCCAUCAAGCUCACAAGAUCCAUAACACACCACAGGCACAACGCAAGGAGUGGGAGAUGGCUCGGUUUGGAGAUGAGGUGCCAGCCCGCUAUGGGGCAGGAGGUCCAGGGGGAGCUGGCUCGGGAGCGGCUGGUGGCGGAGGUGGCCGGGGUGCUGGGGGUGUCCGGCAAGGUGGCCCCCCAGGGGCCCAAAGGAUAUACAAGCAGUCGAUGGCCCAGCGAGCCCGCACCAUGGCCCUCUACAACCCCAUUCCUGUCCGGCAGAGCUGCCUGACUGUCAACCGCUCCCUCUUCCUCUUCAGUGAGGACAACGUGGUGAGGAAAUACGCCAAAAAGAUCACCGAAUGGCCUCCUUUUGAAUACAUGAUUUUAGCAACCAUCAUAGCAAACUGCAUUGUCCUUGCUCUGGAGCAGCAUCUGCCUGAUGAUGACAAGACACCAAUGUCAGAACGAUUGGAUGACACAGAACCGUAUUUCAUUGGAAUAUUUUGUUUUGAAGCUGGAAUUAAAAUUAUUGCCUUAGGAUUUGCCUUCCACAAAGGCUCCUACCUAAGGAAUGGCUGGAAUGUGAUGGACUUUGUGGUGGUUCUCACAGGCAUCUUGGCAACAGUCGGCACUGAAUUUGACCUGCGGACGCUGCGGGCGGUUCGUGUACUCCGGCCACUAAAGCUCGUAUCGGGAAUCCCAAGUUUACAAGUCGUUCUCAAGUCCAUCAUGAAGGCCAUGAUACCUCUGCUACAAAUUGGCCUCCUCCUAUUUUUUGCAAUCCUUAUUUUUGCAAUCAUAGGGUUAGAAUUUUAUAUGGGGAAAUUUCACAAGGCCUGCAAGGAUAUUUAUACAGAUGAAAUCACACAAGAAGCUCCAUGUGGAAAGGAAUCACCAUCACGCCUCUGCCCUAAUGGGACCAAGUGUGAAGAAUACUGGGAAGGACCCAACUACGGGAUCACGCAGUUUGAUAACAUCUUGUUUGCCGUGCUGACUGUCUUCCAGUGUAUCACCAUGGAAGGGUGGACCGACCUCCUCUAUAUUAGCAAUGAUGCCUCAGGGAGUGCUUGGAACUGGAUGUAUUUCAUCCCCCUCAUCAUCAUUGGAUCCUUUUUUAUGCUCAACCUUGUCCUGGGGGUGCUUUCUGGGGAGUUUGCCAAAGAAAGAGAGCGGGUGGAGAAUCGCCGAGCAUUUCUGAAGCUCAGAAGGCAACAGCAGAUUGAACGUGAGCUCAAUGGCUACAUGGAGUGGAUCUCAAAAGCAGAAGAAGUGAUAUUGGCAGAGGAUGAUAUAGAAGGAGAACCUCGUCACCCUUUUGAUGGAGCUCUUCGGAGGGCCACAAUUAAGAAGAGCAAGACAGAUUUGCUGAACCCAGAGGAAGCAGAUGACCCGCUGGCUGACAUCUCCUCAGUGGGUUCACCCUUUGCUCGAGCCAGCAUCAAAAGUGCCAAGCUGGAAAACGCCACUUUCUUUCACAAAAAAGAGCGGAGGUUGCGUUUCUAUAUCCGUCGAAUUGUCAAAACUCAGGCCUUUUACUGGACAGUCCUCAGUCUGGUAGCUCUCAACACUUUGUGUGUUGCUAUAGUACACUACAACCAGCCAGAUUGGCUAUCUAACUUCCUCUACUAUGCAGAAUUCAUUUUCUUAGGGCUCUUUAUGUCCGAAAUGUUUAUAAAAAUGUAUGGGCUCGGAACGCGGCCUUACUUUCACUCAUCUUUCAACUGCUUCGACUGUGCUGUUAUCAUUGGGAGCAUCUUUGAGGUGAUUUGGGCUGUGGUAAAGCCUGGCACCUCCUUCGGGAUCAGCGUCUUACGAGCUCUCAGGUUACUGCGCAUUUUCAAAGUCACAAAGUACUGGGCUUCCCUACGAAACCUAGUCGUAUCUCUGCUGAACUCCAUGAAGUCCAUCAUCAGCCUCCUGUUUCUCCUCUUCCUCUUCAUAGUCGUCUUUGCCCUUUUGGGAAUGCAACUCUUUGGGGGCCAGUUUAAUUUUGAUGAAGGAACCCCUCCAACCAAUUUUGACACUUUCCCAGCAGCAAUAAUGACAGUAUUUCAGAUCUUGACUGGUGAAGACUGGAAUGAAGUAAUGUAUGAUGGUAUCCAAUCUCAGGGCGGUGUCGAUAAAGGAAUGAUGUUCUCAAUCUAUUUCAUUGUACUGACUUUGUUUGGUAACUACACUUUGCUUAAUGUGUUCUUGGCUAUCGCUGUGGAUAAUCUGGCCAAUGCACAGGAGCUCACCAAGGAUGAACAAGAGGAAGAAGAAGCAGCCAACCAAAAACUUGCCCUUCAGAAGGCAAAGGAGGUAGCGGAAGUGAGCCCUUUGUCAGCAGCCAACAUGUCGAUUGCAGUAAAAGAACAACAAAAGAACCAAAAAGGUGGCAAAUCAGUCUGGGAGCAGCGAACAACUGAGAUGCGGAAACAGAACCUAAUGGCAAGUCGGGAGGCACUGUACAAUGAACUGGACCCUGAGGAUCGAUGGAAAGUCACAUAUGGCCGGCAAAUGCGGCCAGACAUGAAAACCCAUUUAGACCGACCACUCGUGGUAGAUCCUCAGGAGAACCGAAACAACAAUACCAACAAGACACGUCCCAAUGAGCCACCCUUGGAUCCACACUUUAGACAACAACGGCCUGAGGAAUUCCUGCGAAAACCACCUCGCUACCAUGAGCAUCCACGAGAUCCCCACAUGUACGAACGCCCUAAUUCAGGAAGCUUUGAGCCACGACACCCACGGAGCAGCAAGGAAAUUGACUUCAACCAGGAAAGUGGGUACCAUGAGAUUGACUAUCCCAGCAAGGAGCAUAAUGCCAUUCUUGAACGUAGUUACCAUGGGGACUGUGACUCAGAGCGUAUCAAGGCCUUGGACCCCCAUCGCCGGCACAGAGGCAGCAAAGAAAGCCGCAGUGGGUCACCCCGUACCACUGAUGCUGACCGAGAACACCGGCGGCAUCGGACUCAUCGACGGGUCCCAGAUGAGGGAGGGGGUGAGGAAGGUAACAAAGUCGAACGCCGGCCUCGGCACCGUGAGGGAAGCAGGCCAACACGGGGAGAUGUGGAGGGGGAGCAUCCUGAUGGAGAAAGACGGCGGCGACACCGGCAUACUGCACAGUCUACUUAUGAUGCUGAUGGCAAGGAACGCCGGCACCGGCGCCGGAAAGAGAAUCAAGGCCCUGGCCUCCCACCUGGACCAAACCUAUCCACCACACGGCCAAUCCAACAGGAUAUGGGGCGCUUAGAGCCUCCAGUGGCAGAGGAUAUUGACAAUAUGAAGAACAAUAAACUGGCAACCAAUGAGACCUCAAACUCACAUCCUAUCAGUCAUCCCCAGAAUCCUAUCAAAGGUGGUAGCCACUUAAAUUCCACACCAAGCCGACCACUCCAAAAUCCUCCUGUUCCUUUGGACCCGCCACUCCCCAACUCUCAGAACUCUGCCAGUCGCCGAACCCCUAAUAACCCUUCUAAUCCAACCAGUCCUGGGCCCCCUAAAAAUCCCAAAAACAGUCUCAUUGUCACCAAUCCCACCACCCAAAACAAUCCACCCAAAACUGCCAAGAAACCAGAGCACACCGUGGUGGAGGUGCCACCCACCUUCUCACCACCCAUCAACAACGCUAUCAUGCAAGUUAAUAAAAAUGCCAACCCUGAACCUCUGCCUAAGAAGGAAGAAGAGAAGAAGGAGGAAGAAGAAGAUGAUGAGGGAGAGAAUGGCCCCAAACCCAUGCCACCAUAUAGCUCUAUGUUCAUCCUCUCAACCACAAACCCAUUUCGCCGACUUUGUCAUUACAUUGUCAAUCUACGCUACUUUGAGAUCUGUAUACUGAUGGUGAUUGCCAUGAGCAGCAUUGCAUUGGCUGCUGAAGACCCUGUGCAACCCCGUGCACCUCGUAACAAUGUUCUUCGUUACUUUGACUAUGUCUUCACAGGUGUUUUCACCUUUGAAAUGGUUGUUAAGAUGAUUGACUUAGGACUGAUCCUGCAUCGAGGCUCAUAUUUUCGGGACCUGUGGAACAUCUUGGAUUUCAUUGUGGUCAGUGGAGCAUUGGUGGCAUUUGCUUUCACAGGCAGUAAAGGGAAAGACAUCAACACCAUCAAAUCCUUGCGUGUUCUGCGUGUCCUCAGACCUCUCAAAACAAUCAAGCGAUUGCCAAAGCUCAAGGCUGUCUUUGACUGUGUGGUAAAUUCACUCAAAAAUGUCCUCAACAUACUCAUUGUAUAUAUGCUAUUCAUGUUCAUCUUCGCUGUGGUGGCUGUUCAGCUCUUUAAGGGCAAGUUCUUCUACUGCACUGAUGAGUCAAAGGAGUUUGAAAAGGAUUGCAGGGGAGAAUAUUUAGUCUACGAGAAGAACAAUGAAGUGAAGGCUGAGAGACGAGAGUGGAGGAAAUAUGAUUUCCAUUAUGACAACGUCUUGUGGGCGCUCCUUACUCUCUUCACUGUGUCUACAGGAGAAGGUUGGCCAGAUGUCCUCAAGCACUCGGUGGAUGCUACAUAUGAGAAUCAGGGCCCCAGCCCUGGUUAUCGCAUGGAGAUGUCCAUCUUCUAUGUGGUCUACUUUGUGGUCUUCCCAUUUUUCUUUGUCAACAUUUUUGUGGCCUUAAUCAUCAUCACCUUCCAGGAGCAGGGGGACAAGAUGAUGGAGGAGUACAGCCUGGAGAAGAAUGAGCGAGCCUGCAUUGACUUUGCCAUCAGCGCCAAGCCACUCACCCGGCACAUGCCUCAGAACAAGCAAAGUUUUCAGUACCGUAUGUGGCAGUUUGUGGUUUCCCCUCCUUUUGAAUACACCAUUAUGGCCAUGAUUGCCCUAAACACCAUUGUCUUAAUGAUGAAAUUCUACAAUGCCACACAUGUAUACGAUCAUUUACUAAAGAAUUUCAACAUGGUCUUCACUGCCCUGUUCUCUUUGGAGUGUAUCCUGAAAAUCAUUGCCUUUGGAUUGUUGAAUUAUUUCCGUGAUGCCUGGAAUAUCUUUGAUUUUGUCACAGUUCUGGGUAGCAUCACAGACAUCUUAGUGACAGAGUUUGGGAACAACUUCAUCAACCUGAGUUUCCUUAGGCUGUUCCGAGCAGCCCGCCUCAUUAAGUUGCUUCGACAAGGCUACACCAUCCGCAUCCUGCUCUGGACCUUUGUCCAGUCCUUUAAGGCCCUUCCGUAUGUGUGUCUGCUGAUUGCAAUGCUGUUUUUCAUCUAUGCCAUUAUUGGAAUGCAGGUGUUUGGUAACAUUAGUAUUGAUUUUGAUGAGGAUAUGCCUGAUGAUGAUAAGCCUGCUAUCACAGAACACAACAAUUUUCGCACAUUUUUUCAGGCCCUGAUGCUUCUUUUUAGGAGUGCCACUGGUGAGGCUUGGCAUGAAAUCAUGCUUUCCUGCCUGGCUGGGAGGCCCUGUGAUGUGAAAGCAGAUCUUGAUGGCAAUGAGUGUGGCAAUGAGUUUGCAUACUUCUACUUUGUUUCUUUCAUCUUCCUAUGUUCUUUCCUGAUGUUGAACCUUUUUGUGGCUGUCAUCAUGGAUAAUUUUGAAUAUCUGACCCGUGACUCCUCCAUUUUGGGGCCCCACCACUUGGAUGAGUAUGUACGUGUGUGGGCUGAGUAUGAUCCUGCUGCCUGUGGCCGAAUUCAUUAUAAGGAUAUGUACAGUUUAUUACGUGUAAUAUCUCCCCCCCUGGGCUUAGGCAAGAAAUGCCCUCAUAGGGUUGCUUGCAAGAGAUUACUUCGUAUGGACCUGCCUGUGGCAGAUGAUAAUACAGUCCAUUUCAAUUCCACUCUCAUGGCAUUGAUCCGGACUGCACUUGACAUCAAGAUUGCCAAAGGAGGGGCUGACAAACAGCAGAUGGAUUCAGAGCUGAGGAAGGAGAUGAUGGCAAUCUGGCCGAACUUGUCCCAGAAAACACUGGAUCUCUUGGUAACCCCUCAUAAAUCUACCGACCUGACCGUGGGCAAAAUCUAUGCAGCCAUGAUGAUCAUGGAAUAUUACCGCCAAAGUAAGGCUAAGAAGUUGCAGGCUUUGCAGGAGGAGCAGAAUCGGACACCCCUUAUGUUUCAGCGCAUGGAGCCACCAUCCCCAACCCAGGAGGGUGUCCAAGGGCAGAAUGCUCUUCCUUCCUCACAGUUGGAUCAAGGAGUUGGAAUGGGCGUGCAGGAAGGGGGAAUGAAACCAAGCGAGUCAUGGGUCACGCAAAGAGCACAGGAGAUGUUCCAGAAGACAGGAACAUGGAGUCCAGAGCGAGGGCACCCGGAGGAGAUACCCAAUAGCCGGACCAAUUCCCAGUCUGUAGAGAUGCGGGAGAUGGUGAAGGAUGGCUACUCAGACAGUGACCAGUAUCUGCCAAUGGAAGGCCAUGGACGAGCAGCCUCCAUGCCACGACUGCCUGCUGAAAACCAGAGGAGGAAGGCGCGACCGCGAGGGAAUAAUCUCAGUACCAUCACAGAUGCAAGCCCAAUGAAACGUUCUGCCUCCAUGUUGGGCCACCCACGAUCCAAAGGCAUGCGCUUGGAUGACUACUCUCUAGAAAGAGUAAUUCCAGAAGAGAACCAACGGCAUCACAGGCGUAGGGAACGGAGCCACCGGACAUCAGAACGCUCUCUUAGUCGAUAUACAGAUGUGGACACAGGACUUGGCACAGACCUCAGUAUGACCACACAGUCGGGCGAUCUACCUCCCAAAGAGAGAGACCAAGAAAGAGGCAGGCCAAAGGACCGGAAACACCAUCACCACCAUCAUCACCACCAUCACCAUCACACAUCUUCUGACAAGGAACGGUAUUCACAAGAGAGGCAUGAAUAUGGCCGGCCUCGUUCCAGAGAUCGACGUUGGUCCCGCUCACCCAGUGAGGGCCGAGACCACAUGCCUCACAGGCAGGUGGGUGUGGCUUUCCAUUCCAUGCUGCACCCCUAGGGACCGAGGCAGGCACUUCAGGUGCUGCAGAAAUCUCUACUCCUGGAGAACCCAGCUCCAGCGACCCAUCCAACUGCUCAUCAGUUUCUGGAUCUCUGUGAUGAGAGUUCAAGACCUUUUCUGGCCCAAGCAGAACUUGUAGGCUCUGUAGACAUGACAGCUGCAUCUGUAGGGAUGAGCAAACUAGUCUAUUCCUAAGGGUCAUUUCAUGUUACCAACACAGUGUACUGAGAGUGGGGGAUGAGAAUGAUUGAACAUUCUCCUAAGCACAAUUUUGGAUUUAAACAACAUGAGAGCAUAGGACUAAUGUUGCUGGAUCAGGCUUGAGUUCACCUGGUUUAGAAUUUUGCAUUCAAUAGCCAAAUUACUUCCUAAAAUCUCAAAAAGGAUAUGACGCAAUGAGUUCCCCUUAUAGUUUGCUUCCAUGAUCUGCUCCUUAGAGAUGGGCUUCUUCUGAACAUUGAGAAGUUACAUUUAGCCAUCAGAGCUAAUACUUUUUAACAAGCAAGCUAUGGCAUGUUUUUAUUUUAUUAACAUCUAUCACUUCUACUGUAGUUAUCUUUUAUUCUGAUAUCUCAAAUGGCUUAGCUUUUCAACACAGAGAACAUACUCCAAAUCUUGAUUUGCUUUAAUUAUUUUUUUAGUACAGUCAGCUCUCUAUAUUCGCUGGGGUUUAGGGGCACAGGACCCCUCUGAAAGUGAAAAAUCUCGAAUGAAAAUUGCUAUUUUUUUACCUGAGAAAUCACAUCUCUAAUAAUCUGUAGGAUCUCCAACGCAACUCUGUGGUUAACUUGCACUGGACACUGAACACUGAAUCACACUAGAAAUCCAAGAAAUUCCUAGAGAGGCAUUCUAUCUAGGAAUCUUUAGGUCCUCCAGUGAGAUUCUAAGAUCAACUUCUGACAGAAGUUGAUUGUAGUAAUGUACCAGAGGACCUAGAAAUUCCCGGAGAGAAAUUUUUAUUCAAAUCCGUGAAUACCCAAAUCAACAAAAAUCAAACCUUCAAAUGUGGAUGGCUGACUGUAUUUUCUACCUCUAUUUCUAUGUCUAUUUUUAAUUAAUAUGGGGAGAUCACAAGUGUAUCCUCAAUAUAGCUGCAGUACAACUAUACAAUAUUUGCAUUAUUUAUUCAGCUGCAUUAUUUAUUCAGCUCUAUAAUAUGAUGGACCUCUCACAUGCCUGGCUUUGUGCAUGUGAGAUGCUAAUUUGUUUUUAGUUGUGGCUAUUCUGCCUUGUAGUCUUAUAGCAGCAAGUCCUAUAUUUUGAAUCACAAAAAUACAUUGGCCCUAAGUGGAGUAUAGAAUUUGUUUAAGUAUAUAUGGGUAAUAAUUUGUUUAACAAUAAAUGACAUUUUCAGAAAAGUGGACAUCUUAGUAUAAAAAGGGAAUGUAAACCUAAUCCUGCAGCAUCUUUAGAACCUACCAAUUUAUUUCAGCAAAGUUUUAAUGGGAUACAACUCACUCCUUCUAAUGCUGAAAUAAAUUGAUUAAAGGUAUCACAAGAAUACUUUUUGUAACUAAUGAUUAAUGCCACAAUUUCACACACACCAAUUCCACUGGUGCUGAAUUACACAAUUUUAACUUCCAUCAUCAAAGACAUCAUGCCAUUUUUAAGAUUUUCCAAACUAAGGCUUUACUUUCCUCUUUCUAUCCAAUUGUUCAGAGCUUAUGUGCUCCUCUGCUGAAGCAAAUCAUGUGAAGACAAUGGGAUGCAUUUGCAGCAAUGUCUUUUCUCUUACAAAGUUGGCCUCAUUGUGUAAUGCCAUUUUUAACCUUUUAAAAGUCUUGCUUUUACAAUAA